AUGGUUGAUGGGUGGGCUGGAUUCAGAUUACAUAGUAAACUCAAGUUAUUAAGAGGUGCCCUAAGACAGUGGAAUAGAGAGAUCUUUGGGGAUGUCACAACUAAACUUAAGGUUGUUGAGGAUGAAUUGCAUGAGUUGGAUUUGUUAGCUAAAAAUAGAGACCUAGUAGAAGCAGAAAAGGCAAGAAGAAGAGAGGUGUCUGGUGAGGCUUGGAAACUAAGUAGAUGGGUUAAGUGGAUGUGGCUUCAAAAAGCUAGGCUUGAUUGGACAUUAAAGGGUGACAGAAAUACAAGAUGUUUCCAUAUUAUGGCUACUAGUAAGCAAAGUAGGAAUGGGCUAAACUCUGUUAUGGUUGGGGACAGGGUUUGUGAAGAUCCAGUGGAAAUCAAACAAAAGGUAUGCAGGCAUUUUAUGAACCAUUUUGCUAAGAAGUGGAGGAAUAGACCUACUCUUGAUGGCAAUUUUGGAUCAGUGAGGCUCAGUCAAAAUUUUGAGUUGCUUAAAGUAGAAAUUUCAGAGGAAGAGAUAUGGGCAGCUAUAAAAAACCGUGAGGGGAACAAGGCACCUGACCCGGAUGGGUUUAAUCUACCAUUUGAUAUUCUACUGAAAGCAUUUUUUGGGGAGGCUAUGGUUGAUAGGUGGGCUGAAUUCAGAUUACAUAGUAAACUCAAGUUGUUAAGAGGUGCCCUAAGACAGUGGAAUAGAGAGAUCUUUGGGGAUGUCACAGCUAAACUUAAGGCUGUUGAGGAUGAAUUGCAUGAGUUGGAUUUGUUAGCUAAAAAUAGAGACGUAGUAGAAGCAGAAAAGGCAAGAAGAAGAGAGGUGUCUGGUGAGGCUUGGAAACUAAGUAGAUGGGUUAAGUGGAUGUGGCUUCAAAAAGCUAGGCUUGAUUGGACAUUAAAAGGUGAUAGAAAUACAUGA